GGGAGGAAGAGGGGGCCCAGGCUGUGGGCUGGGCCGGGCCGGGGAGCUGAGCGGAGCGGGGCGGGGCUGGGAAUGGUAAAGGCUCGGGGGAGGAGGGGGAGGUGGGGGUGGGGAAGAAGGGAGGCAGCCGCCGCCGCCGCUCGCGCUGGUUCCCCGCCGCCACCGUGGCCAUGAUGAUCCACGGCUUCCAGAGUAGUCGCCAAGACUUCUCCUUCGGGCCAUGGAAGCUGACGGCGGCCAAGACGCACAUCAUGAAGUCGGCCGAUGUGGAGAAAUUAGCUGAUGAGCUACACAUGCCAUCUCUUCCUGAAAUGAUGUUCGGAGACAACGUUUUAAGAAUCCAACAUGUUUCUGGCUUUGGAAUUGAGUUCAAUGCGACUGAUGCUUUAAAAUGUGUAAACAACUACCAGGGAGUGCUUAAGGUAGCAUGUGCUGAAGAAUGGCAAGAGAGCAGGACGGAAGGCGAACACUCCAAAGAGAUUAUUAAACCAUAUGAUUGGACCUAUACAACAGAUUAUAAAGGAACAUUGCUUGGUGAAGCACUUAAGUUAAAGGUUGUGCCUACAACGGAUCAUAUAGAUACAGAGAAAUUGAAAGCCAGGGAACAGAUUAAAUUUUUUGAGGAAGUUCUGUUGUUUGAAGAUGAACUUCAUGAUCAUGGAGUUUCAAGCUUAAGUGUGAAAAUUAGAGUGAUGCCCUCUAGCUUUUUCCUGCUAUUGAGAUUUUUCUUAAGAAUUGAUGGUGUGCUCAUCAGGAUGAAUGACACAAGGCUUUACCAUGAGGCUGACAAGAAUUAUAUGUUAAGAGAAUACACUUCAAGAGAGAGCAAAAUAGCAAAUUUAAUGCAUGUUCCACCAGCCCUCUUUACAGAGCCUAAUGAAAUAUCACAAUACCUACCUGUAAAGGAGGCAGUCUGUGAGAAGCUGGAGUUUCCAGAAAGAAUGGAUCUCAACCUUGGGACAACACAGGAAAAUACAUGCAUGGAAUCUAAAUAAAAUGUCAUACAAUAUGAGCUCUAUGUAGAACCCUCACUGGAGAUGACUGCUUUUGGGGGAGGGUCGGGGGGGCUGUCUUAAGAGACAAUGAGCUGCCUUGUGUCCGGAUUUUCUGUAGCCUUAAAGGAAAGAAAAUGAAAGCUUGAUGCAGACACAGGUUCUAUACAGCCUGCUGUUCAUACCACCUGUCCAUAUCUAGCCAUAUCUAUAAUUAGUGGGAGACUAAAUUGAACUAAGGUUUUCAGUUGUUAUAGAAUGGGACCUCAGCAGUAGAUAAUUCUAUCUCCUAAAGAGCAACGAGAGGCAGUGGACAUGUAAUUACCACAAAUAUUGUUUGCAUGAAGAGAUUAAUUAGACCAAAUCUAGUAGUUCUUUUGUAACUUUCAUAGGAUUCCUGGAAAAUGAAAGAUCAUGCAUUUUGAUAGCUUUUCAGUUUUAGCUUUGCAGGAAAAUGCUGAUAAAAGACACUGCUGGAAAGAAGUGACUUGAGUUUGAAAGUUAAUCUCACAUUUCAUAUUCACAGAGGAAGCUUUUAUUUUGCCUUGAAAAACAUGUUAAAUGGGAUUUUAAGGCAAAAUGUUCAUAAUUAGAACCAAAACAUUAAUUUCCAGACUUUCAUGCUAGUUCAUCCAUUAAAGCAGUGGUUAAUAGCACAUAUUCCUCAGCUGUGGCCCCUCACUGACAGGUGUGCUGGUAUCACUAGUUUUUGGUGAACACCUUUUAAAGGCAGGUGCCUUAUUUUUGGUUCUAUUGUACUGAUCUUUUUGUACUUCUACCUUACAUAACACCUUAACGUGAAUAACUAUGCUGAAGUUGGUAUCAGUACUGAGAAGUUUUAGGUAUAUAUCUAUCUAUUGGAUCUGGUUGUUGCUGUUUGUCCUUCAUUCUUGAAGAGGACCAUGAAAUCAGGAAAGUGAUUCCAUGAUUUGCAAGUGAAUUGGAUUUCAGUGAGAGAGGCUGUGCAAAGUCACCAGCCUCACUUUCUUCUCCAGAGCCAUCUGGGUCCAGUGGCAAUAUAUAGAUCGGUAUGACUGGAGAUGGCCCUGCAUUGGAUCUGUUUUUUUUUUUCCACAAAAUAUUGGGGGUCGGCAUGGGAAGGGGUAAGAAAAUGAGGACAAAAUAUUUUUAAAAUAAAACCUAGUUUUUAUAUUUAAAUUUCCAGGUUUCUAAUAUGACAGGGGAGGGGACUUAAAAAGGGAUAAACUUAGAACCUAUGGAAAAAAGAUUGGAUAGCUUUACAAUGAAGUGCAAAAAUAAGUAAAUAUAGAAAGUCUUUUAAACAUUUUGUUGGUUUUUUUUUGCCUGUCUACAUAGUACACAUAAAGCAGAAAAUGACUGUAGCAUUGGGUAAGAGAUUUAUUAAAGCAAGUGGAUUUUUUUGUUACCAUUUUAAAAAGAAAUAACUUUUUGUUUUAGUUAGGAGGAGUUGUUUCAUCCUUCCCUUCCCCUGAAGGACAGAUCACUAAAUGGUCUUAUUAACAUUUAAAAAAAUAAUAUGCAGCUCUUGUGCCUUCACUCUUUGGGGAGGUUUUAGAGGUGGCAGGGUGUUAAGUUUAUCUGUGAAGAUCUUGGCUCAAAAGAUCUGCCAAAGGGCCCCGGUCCUACCUAAGGAACUGUAAUUAAACCAGAAGGACCUGGACCCUUAAGUCUCAUUCUCAGCUUACCUAUUGUUUCACAGAAUGGUGCUGUUGUGAACCAUCCAGAAAUUGAACCUUAUUAGACGAAUUUAAUCAUAAACUGUUAAGGAAAUCCUCUACCUUUUACUGUAUCGCCUCAAGGCAGAUGUAUGAAAACAGAAUUUAAUCUGCUCUGAGAAUGCAUUGCAUGUUUACUGGAUAUCCAUCUAUUCUUGUAUGAAAGUGUAUGCUUUCUUUUUAGGCAGGAAAGGUGUACACCAUAUGCGACUACCUGAUUAAAACAAUUUUGUUUGCCAUGUUGUUUUGAAUGGAAAAGACUCUAUCCAAACAAGUUGCAAAAUAUUAGACUAUAACAACUGAAAAGGAUUGUACAUCAGUUGGGAUGUCUAACCUGUACCAUCUCCCCUCUUUUUUCCUUUGUGAAUGUAUUGGUGUCAAGUCUAGUCCCUUAUUUCCUACUUUGAGUGUGAAAUAUUGUAGGGAACAAAAAUAAUGAGGGAGGGCUCCAGCUGGAAGGGUAAGUAUGUUUCUGAAUACUUCAUGACCAAUUCACUACGAUAUUACUAUAUAAAAAUACGUAUGAGACAACUUGUCCAUUGUGAUAUGACACAUCGUUUUGUAUCAGUUCAAAAUAUCCUCAUUUUUUUUGUAAGUGAAAAAUAAACAAGGAAUUACUGGCC